AUGGCAAGUAGAGGAGGAAGAAAAGGCUCCAACAUCAGAGCUUCUUCCAGUGCAGCUGAAGUGGGCAAUUCCGAAGAUCUCUUGAACGAGAUUCUAGUUCGCCUCCCAGCCAUACCAAUUCUCAGGUUCAAAUUAGUUUCAAAACAAUGGUACUCCAUAAUCUCUACCCAAAAAUUCACAGUCACUUAUGCCAAAAGAAACCCAAACCCUCGCUUGGGGUUUUUGUUGCAUACUCGACUUAAUUUCCAACCAUACCCACCACCUACUCUCUUCCUUUCUUUGGGUGGCUAUCAAUAUGGUAAACACCCAAAUUUCCUUGAAAUCCCAAAACUUGAAAUCCAUCAUGUCUGUAAUGGGUUGUUGUGCUGUUCUAAGCCUCACGUGCAUGCUCCUGAAAUCACUUCUUAUUAUGUUUGUAAUCAUUCUUCUGGGCAAUCAAAAUGGCUUCGGGUUCUUAGAAGUCCAUGCAUUGAACGUGUAAAGGCUUUUAAUUUGGCCUUUGAUCCUUCGAAAUCACCUCAUUACAGGCUCCUUUUUGUUAGUGAAUUGUCUUCGUUAGAUGAGUACCAUUUGAUCAAAAUUGAUAUUUACUUAUCUGAGACCGAGUCUUGGAGACCCUCCAAGAAGGGGAUUUAUAUUUUGCAAUACGAUAUAGGGUUUCACAUUGCCGUUUACUGGAAGGAUGCAAUUUACUGGUACAAUCAGAAGAAUCAGUCUUUGUCAUAUUUCGAUUUCUAUGACGACAGCGUGGAGAGUUUGCCAAAGCCACAAGUUUCUGGAACCAUGACUUAUUACUAUUUUGGCGAGUCAGGUGGGCAUUUGCAUCUUGUUGGAGCUUGUAGACCUUGGACUACAUUGUUCACUGUCUUCGAAAUGAAGGAAGAUAGGUCUGGGUGGUUUGUGAAGUAUAAUGGUGAUUUUGGUGCUUUAGCUGCUGCAUUUCCGAAGAUGGUUACUAAUAAACCAAAUAGGCCUUAUGUGUUUUCUCUGGUGAACCUAUUAAGAGGUGAAAAAGAAGAGGAGUUGAUUAUUGUGUUAACAAUUCCCGAAGGUGUGAUUGGGUAUAAUGUCCAGGAUAAGACCUUUGAGAAGCUGUGCAAUCUAUCUUUGAGUGAACGUAAAAUGCAGCAAAUGACAUUUAAAGCUCAUCAAUAUAUCGAGACCGUUGCUUCAAUAUGAUAAUACCAGUUGUUUUGUGGUAUCUCCUGGCUCCUUCUAUAUAUCAAUACCUUUCAGCAUGAUGUUUUUACUGUUUCUAUCUCAUACUUGUGACAAUAUAUCAGUCAUACAAUAAAACCUUUGGUUAAGAACUUUAGAUGGAGGAGUGUGCCUUGUUGCUUUUGAGCUAAGAUUGACUAGGUUCGUUUAUUCUCAUUGUAAGCCUUCUAUAUAUGAUCAAGGAACCGAAAAUAAAAUUUCUUAUCCUAUAUUUUGUUAGAAGGAGCUUGAAUCUUUUGCAGAUAGAUUGGAAGUAGUCA